ACUGCGAAAUGAUGAGCAGCCUGCCCUUGCUGGACGCAUCGCCGACGAGACCAGGAGGCUGUCCAACCUUUCGAGGUUAUCAGCGUCUCGAUGUGCAUCAGUCAGCCAUCUCGCCGCUUGCGGAAUUCGAGCCCGCCGUUGCUCUUCCCACGGAUCACGCCAGGAAGGCCGUGAAAGUCCAGUCUGGCAUACGGCUAGUCAUGUUCGGGCUAGCAUAGACGCAUCGAAGACUUCGUUCCGACCGUGGCCGGCAUCGCAUCAUGGACAGAGUCAUUGCGAAGGACUCUUCUCGCUGAGAGAAUAUAUGGCAUCGCGGCUGAUCGUCGGCUCGAAAACGCGAGAGAACGUCACGGGCAGCAGGGGGUCAAGAGUUCGCGUUUCAGCCCCACACUUUGGUCGGUCGUAAACGCCAACCAAAACGGCCACACCAACCCAAACGUUCGACUUGCAUUUUCCAAACACCCGACGACCUCAAACAUUCAUCGACUUGGCUGUUUCAUGGAAUGAGGCGGCUGCGCUGAACUCAAGGUCUUCCUCCAUUAUUCCGACCAUUC